GUCGAGAGCAGUGGCUUUCAGUGUCUGCCAACGAAUGGGUCUCACUCCCACUCGGUGUCUCAUUCACAUAAUAAUUAUGUACACGGGCCAACACGGCCGCACGCACGCAGACAGACAUCCACGCACAUGCAAUGUAUCCCUCCUACUCUCUGCCCUCUCGGCAGCAACGCAAUCAAUCAUGCCAUCACUUGCUGUGUGUGUCGGUUAGUGUCGGUGUCGCACGGCCGUCCCGAAUGGAAUGGCAUCGGCGGUCAAGGUGACAACCAGACCACUGACACCUUUCCAUCGGGCCGCUCCACGACACCAACACGACCCACAUCACACAGAAACACACGCCGUAUUCACAAACUCGAUCAGAGACUAGCACUAGCCCACCGACGAGACGAGACGAGACUUGGUCUCAUGACGAACCCCCGUCCGUUCCAUCCACACCACACAUCUGUCUGUCUAUCUGUCUUUCUAUCGACCUGCGACGAGCAGCUCCCCUGAUCAACACGCCGAACACCCACUCAGCGAAGGUACAUCGACCGAAAUGUACCUUCGCUGCAUAAGUGUUUGGUUUGCCAACAGAGGACGCCGCUCGUUGCUGGCCACCAAUCGAAGGCUUCACGCACGCCGUCUCAGACGACUCCCAUGUCCCUCCGCCGCUUCACAAGUGGUCAGCUUGACCGUCACCUGGCACUCUGCACAUGGCAACGACCCGUUUGUGGCGGUGGGCUGCAGCAUGCGCCGGGCUGCACACGUCUUGAUGGUCUCCGUGGACUGGUCCACCAUCUGCGGCGCCAACAGAGACCACUGCACAGCAUCAGACACACACACACACACACACACAGAGAGAGAGAGAGAGAGGAAGGGAAAUCGUUGACGGCAGCUGCCCUGUUGAGGCUUGUUCGGAUGUGUUGUAACUUACCGGCUGGUCGUCGACGGGCAGCCCCGCAGCGAUCCACUGACUCAUGCCGCCCAAGUCAUAGAUGUACUGCACACAACACAGCACAGCACAGCACAGCAGGACAAGGUGCCACGUAUGUGCCUUGGUAUGGUGGUGUGUGGUGGUGUGUGGUGUGGCAUGAAGUGUCGUGUUGCGUGUUGCGAAAGGGCUCGCUGCCAAAGGAGAAGGCUGCCUACGAGCCUCGAUACACACGCCUGCCUUCUCUGCACUCGUUGCAGCGGCAGUCGCACAGGCCGCGCAAAGACCACUGGGUAGAGUGCACUCACUGGCUGGGCUGCAGGGACGGUGCGGUGCACGAGUCUGUGAAUACCUGGAAGCCCGCCUCUUGGCUGAGGAACGAUGCCGCUAUCGCCGAUCGCCGCCCAGACUGGCAGUACAGGCCAAUCUUGUACGCUUCACACCCUGCAUUGCAAUGAGGAAACGGAGGACAUGACUGAUAUGACUGCCUGUCGAUCAACAGGCAGGCAGGCCAGCACGCGACUACCCACCCUUGAGCAGCGACGGGUCCCUUAUGGAUCCGAGCGACUCGACCAAUGGCGCCUCGGGGACGUGACCGCUCUGUCAUGACAAUGGGCAGACAGAAGCGACGUACGUAUGAGGAUCGAGCGGAGCGGAUGUGUGUGUCGACUCGACUUGCCGGCGUACGUACAUCGUAUUCGUUGAGCGUCCUGACAUCCACCACGAGGUCGAAGCAGUCCCUGGUCCAGUCGUUGCCUAUCGCGCUGUAGUUGCCGCUUGCCAGGUACACCGAACCACACACUGACAGCACAGCAAACAAGGAGAGCAGUCAACGCACAUCACAUGGCCUGACGUGCUCAUCUCUGUUUGUUCUUCCUUCCCCACCAGAUCUGCAGAUCAGAGCACAGAGCAGGCAGACGAGGGUCAGCGACCACAUAGAUCUGACACGCCUGGACGUCAAGAACAGCUCAUUCUCAAU